AUGGCCCGUGCACUGUCUUCGGUCGAUACCGGAGCGUCUAGCAGCAGCGCGGGUGACCCAUCUUCUUCGUCGACUAGUACCGGAGGCGCUGGUUCGUCAAGUUAUUGGGCGGACCUUGACAAGUAUGCGGAUGGGGAUUUCGAUCCGUCAGACCUCUUCCCGAGCUAUAAUCGGACGGACAAGGCCUUGGCACUCGUCAGACUGGGACUCGGGUGCUGCUUCAUCGUGCUCGGGACCUACGCGUUGGUUCGGUUCUACCGAUCGAGAUGGAUAUUGGAUAUUCGCACGAGGUCUGCGCAUCUGGUCACGCUCCAAGGCGUGAGCUUGCUUUUGUCGAUGCUCGUCACCGUCAACGGAGCCACCACCAUCGUCUGGGACAGCGGGCUCGACUGGUUCUGGAUAUCUCUGCUGCUCUUCUUCGUCUCGCCCGCGCUGUUCGGGAGCUACAUCUGCCGCGCGCUCCGCCUGGCCGUGGUUUUCAAUCCGAGGGCGAAGAGUGCGCUGCCGUGGCUCAUCCCGGAGCGCAACUACUUGGCGGUGCUGCUGCUCGCAAGCAUAGGAAUACUGGCAAUCCCUAUCUACCACGAGUACACCUUGGAGGUUUGGGACGCCAUUCCGAAACAGACCAGCAUCCUGAAGGCGCAGGCCCGCGUGUUAGCCGUGAUGCUGGUUUGCAUUUACCCGUUCAUCAGGAACGUUGACGACCUCUUCAAUAUCAGCACGGAGCUCAUUACUGUCACUGUGACCAUCGUGGUCGUCACAAUCGUGCAAGAGGUCGUCGACAAAUGGGGCGGGAACUUCGAGCAGAGAUGGCUCACAAGCAACAUUUCUGUGGUGUUCGUGGCUGUCCUAUUCUGCAUCAGUAUCGUGGCCCCGCUGCGCCGCCUAGCGUUGGACCCUUUGGCGGCAACCAAGCGAAACUACGCCGAUCGGGUGCUGCUCAGCCGCACGGAAUCCCACAGCACGAGAUCAGCUUCCGGUAUUUCGCCAGAAAGAGCCGGCCGCUCGUCAAGGAUAGUGGACGACAGCGACGACGAAGUCGCGUUCGAGGACGAAGAGCUUGGAGGAGUCCCGGGCAUGGACACCACAGCAGCAGCAGGAGUAGGAGGUGGUAGCACUGGCAAGGUCGCCACCUCCUCGGCCGUCGUUGGUAGCGGUGUGAUUACCACGUCCACCGCCGACGCCAACGUUGUCGCUCCCCGUACGUGGAAAGGCCGGGAAAUGACUAUUGCGAAUGGAUCGACGUCCGUACCCAAGGGCAGCGGCAGCACCGGCAAGAGGCGUGAUGCCGUGCAGCGGGGGCAGAGGGGGAGGGGUGGCGGCCGUGGCCGCGGUGGUGGCGGUGGUCGAGGCCCUUCGGAUAGAGAGGAGAUGGAGGUGUGGGAUUUCGAGCGCCUUGGAAGGACGCCCCUGCUGGCGGCCGCGUUCGAGGACUAUUCUAAGAGGGCACUCUGCCACGAGUCGGUGCUCUUUCUGAGCGAGGUUUCUCGGUACCAGAACGACGACUACGCUACGCCGACAAACGCUGCCGGGACAUGUCCGACUCAGUUCGGCACGUUCUGCUACAUCACGGACACCUUCAUCAAGGCCGGCGCGCCGGAGGAAGUAAACAUUAGCGACAAGGACAGGAAGCUGAUACUCGAGUUGUACCAGAAGGGCGAAGAGUCCUUCGAAGAGGUCAACGAGGAGGAGAGGAGGAUGGUAUUUAAGCGAUCGUACCUUGAGGUGAAGAGCAUGCUGGAAGCCAACCUCCUCCGCCGCUUCCUCAACACGGACCAGUUCAAGAGCGUCAGGAAACAGAGGGAGAACGUCCAGGCCAUGAUGGACUCCCCGCCCCUGCCGGCGGGAGUCGCAGCUGCCUAGCCGGGAGUUAGAUGGGGAGACGCAACGAUAUGGGUGGGGCUGGGUUCUUUGGGGAUUUGGGGUAGCUACGGUAGGAUUAGGAUACGAUUCACACUCACUCGCUCCUAUAGUAGUCGGUUCUCGGGAGCAUUCACCGGUUCCAAUGUCCCCAACAUUCAGGCAAGCCAUCCGUUUUGGCGGGGGAUACUGGGCUAGGUGGCUGACGGCAUUUAUCGCAUUAUUGCUGUCAAUGUAGAGGUAUUGGCUCUCCGCUCAGGUGGGUGGCGAAAGUAGCUCGUGUCGAAAAGUACUGUGGUGAAGGGUUAGCAGGCAAAUCAGGGGGGUGGAGAGUGAGUCUUCCACCAUUUUUGCUUGGGUGCGAGGGAAUUUAUCGGUUUGUCGCCCUUUGACACCAAUCUCCCUGGGUCUUCCUUGACGCGCCCGGAGUAAUGUGUGUUUCAAGUGACAGGGACAACGCACAAGGGCGGGACAGGGUCUUGGGGCCCUGGUCGUUUCCAGCUGUCUCCCCUACCUUAGAACGGAGACCACAAAGAGUGUGUGUGCAGGAGAGAAAGAGAGAGAUAGGGGGGGGGUGAGGUAGACGCUGGUCGAACCUGGAUUGGACAGGAGGGCCACAAGGAUUGCGUAGUGACCGGGCAUCUGAACAGGUGUGGCUGGAAACUAGAUACGCUGUGCUCGGCGUCCCCAGCUCGGGUGCGGAUAUUUGCGAAUUUUCUUCGGUCUGAGGUGAAAAUCUCAAAGCCGAAACGCUCUGAGUGGAAAGAGCGAGGUAGAGUGAGCUUUAUUGCACGUUUGUAGAUAACACAGGGCAGGAUUUUCAUCAUUUAAGAUGGACACACAAGGAGAUUUUAUUUGCAGGGGUAUUCCCGUUGUUGUAACAGUGCGGUGCGGUGUGGUGGGGUGUGUUUUUCUUUAUCUCGGUUGUUUGACCGUGCGCGGUGUAGAGUAGUACAUAGUCUAAGUGGGCGGGGUUAUUUUCAUCCUGAACUGUGGCGGUGCGGUACGGUACGGUGCUGUUGCGGUGCGGUUUUUCAUGUCACGGUGCGGUGCGGUGCGGUGCGGUGCGGUUAUUUUCAUCCUGGAAAGUGACGUUGCGGUGCGGUGCGGGUGUGUUUUUCUUUUGUCGUGAAAUGUGAGGUGCGGUGCGAUGCGGUGCGAUUUUUUCAUGUCACGGUGCGGUGCGAUACGGUUCAAACCGUACCACACUGUUCAUACACACGGCACCGUGAUAUGGCUGGUUGUUUGCACCAAACUAUCGAUUGCGAUAGACUUGGAGUGAAACGUGAUGUGGCGAAAGGGAGUUUGCUGCAUAUCGAGUUUGAAUGUACGAUACUGGCGGGGGGAGGGGGGAGCGGUUCAAAACAUGGUUCGGUUUGAACGAGUACGAAAAGUUUAGAUAGAGGUUGACUUGCGGGGGAUCCACCACGACAAGGCAGUACACACCAAGCGAAUAGGCGAAAGCCUCACCGCGACAAGCGCAUGCUGAGCCAACGCACCUCUUCCGUCAGCACUUCUCUGUUUUUUUUGCCAACCUAUCUUCCUGUAGUUGAUGGUAUUGGGCCGAGAGAAUCCCCUUUACCCGCAAAAAGGGUUUUCUGAUCGCUUGCUUUCUUGUUCUGUUCCCUCGUGGCAAUAAACAGCAUCUACGGGGUGGCGAAGAAUGACGUUGACGGGGGGGGAAGAUUGAUGUGCACGAGGACAUGCCGCUUGGUCGCGUCGAUAAGCAUGAGUUGCGGUUACUCACAUGUGUGUGUAUUCAUUCAUUCGCCGUUGGUUCUCGUUGAUAUAAGUUGGUGAGGGUUAGCCUGUAGAUUCUGGAUGGGAGAAUUCUUGAAAGCUUGCAGAUGAUAUAUAUUAUAUGUACAUUACCUCCUUCGAAGCCAGUAGCUUUGCUGCCGAAUCGCAUCCGUGUCAAAUUGCUGGUAGAUCAAGAUUUGUGUCCGUGUUUCCGUAAUUUGUGUGAACAACUCUCCUAUCUAGCAACCAAUAAGUUGACUUGGUCAAUAUCAUUUCCCAAUCAAUGCAUGUAAGAUCUCCUCACUCGGUGCAUUAUUUUAGGUGUCUUUGGUUGCGAGAAGGUGCCACAGGCACAAGGAAGUUCAGUUCCAAAACAACCUCUCUCUGAGAGGGAUGCUUGGUGUUUUUCAGACUAUACGGUCACCAGAGAUUCAUUCAAGCAUUUCGACCUUCUGGAGCUAGUGUGGACUACCCAAAGUUGAAUAUUAGUGUUGUUUCGUGUUCAACUUUUUGUAUUCUGGAAGAGCAAGUAUAGUGCAGUCGACGACCUUGGGCC